UUCCUGCCGUCCUUCCUUCCUUCCUUCUUGGUAUUUAAGUCGCAUAACUUGGAGUUUUUUAGCUGGUGGAUUCUACCAGGUUAAGUGCUAAGAGCUGAAGGUUUUUAGACUGGCCUUCAUUAGCCAAACAUUUUACGUGGAAAUAGGUCUUAUUAACCUGAUCAACUGCUUAGCAAAAUUUGGGGCAGGGGUGAACCCAGAACUGAAUAUUUUUGCUCCUCUUGAUUCAUUUCAGAAGAGAACACAGAGCCCUCUCACUUCCAGAAGUGCUUUGUGGAAGGUUCCGUCCUUUCCCAUGCCUGCCCUUUGGUUCCUGACAUUCCUGCUUUUCUUUCAGCCAGCUUUCCAGGUCUCAGAAAGUGACAGUUUUCUGAUAUAUAAUGGAAAAUUCAAGAUGUGCGUACAAGUUCAAAGAUCCCGUGCCAUCAUCCUGGACUACUGCAAUGCACAUAACGAGUGGCAGCAGUUUAAGUGGGCUUCUGAGGGCCUGAUUCUGAACAUGGGAGUGAAAUUAUGCUUGGCAGUGCCUUCAAAAGCAAACCUGGUUCCAGUCAAACUCUCCCCCUGCAAUCGGACCAGUGAACUUCAGCAGUGGGGAUGCAAAAAUGGCACCCUUGUAGCACUCAACGGAGAUUUCUUUCUACAUUCUGCUGAUGGCCGUAAGAGUCAAGUCAUGCUUUCUAAAACACCAAACACAAAUAGUGCCUGGACAAUCUAUGGAACAAAAGACGGCUUGUGUUCCAAGGGCUAUGAAGCUCUGUUUACCAUAGGAGGCAAUGCCUUUGGAGCACCCUGUGAAUUCCCAUUCAAGUACAUGAAUAAGUGGCAUGCAACUUGCAUAAAAGAUGGCGAUGAAGAUGGACGCCUUUGGUGUGGGACGACAGCAGAUGUGAAUAAAGACUCUUUAACUGGGUAUUGUCCAGUAAAAGAUAAAGAUGAAUUAUUCUGGACCAAAAACCACUGGACGGGAGAUCUCUACCAGAUCAACGACCACUCAGCUCUUACAUGGUAUGAAGCAAGAAAAAGCUGUCAGCAGCAGAAUGCUGAAUUAUUGAGCAUUGGAGAGCUACAUGAGCAAACGUAUCUGACAGGAAUAACAAGUAGUAUGACUUCUGACUACUGGAUUGGACUUAACAAUCUGGAUUUUGACAGUGGAUGGCAGUGGAUGGACAACCAUCCUUUAAGAUAUUUAAACUGGGCUCCAGGUAGCCCAAGUUCAGAAACAGAAAAAAUCUGUGGACUAAUGGUGGCCCAUAAUGGCAAGUGGAAGAAUGAGAAAUGCAGUCAGCAACUUGGAUACAUUUGCAAAAGAGCAAACUCGUCAUCAGAUGCUUCUGUUAUUCCUUCGGACCCUACUAAGACUGUUAAAUGCCCAGAUGGCUGGGUUGGGUAUGUAGAUCACUGUUACCAUCUUAACAGAGAGCCCAAGACUUGGAGGCAGGCAUUAUUAUCCUGUCAAAAGGAUGGUGGAGAUUUAAUAAGUAUACACAACAUUGAAGAAUACAGCUUUGUCAUUUCCCAGCUUGGCUACAGACCGACAGACGUGCUCUGGAUAGGACUGAAUGACCGGAAGACUCAGAUGUAUUUUGAAUGGAGUGACGGUGCUCCCGUGAGAUUUACCAAGUGGCAGCGAGGGGAGCCGACACACAUCAGCGACGUGCAGGAAGAUUGCGUCACCAUGAGUGGGGAGAAUGGGUUUUGGGCAGAUUACUUCUGUGAAGAGGAGCUUGGUUACAUCUGCAAAAGGGAGCCUUUGGCAUCUCUUCCUGAGGAAGCUGAAACAGCUGAUCCAAACUGCAAGAAAGGUUGGAAAAGACAUAAUUUGCAUUGUUAUUUCAUUGGACAAACACCUGUAAUAUUCUCAGAGGCAAAGAGCUUCUGUGAAGCUAAUGAGGCAUCACUGACUUCCGUGCAGGACAGAUAUGAACAGGCCUACCUGACAAGUCUAGUUGGGCUGCAUUCUGCAAAAUAUUUCUGGAUUGGCCUUUCAGAUGUGGACCAGCCAGGAACUUUUAAUUGGACCAAUGGAGAGCAUGUUCUAUUCACCCACUGGAAUGCAAGAAUGCCUGGGCAGCAGUCCGGAUGUGUUGCCAUGAGGACUGGAACUGCGGCUGGAUUGUGGGAUGUCGUGAGCUGUGAGGAGAAGGCGCCUUUCCUCUGCAAACAGUGGGCAGAAGGUGUGACGCCUCCCCCUGCCCUGACAACAACACCCCCACCCUCGUGCCCAGAAGGAUGGUCUCCAAGCCCAACCAGAGACAUUUGCAUCAAAGCCUUCCUCGAUGAGAAAAAGCAUAGGAAAAAUUGGUUUGAAGCACUAGAUUUUUGUCGAGCCCUUGGAGGAGACCUGAUUUCUUUCCAUAGUAAUGAAGAAUUGAUAAUGGUUGGACGAUGGAAUAUUAAAGAAGCCUGGAUUGGUUUAAGACGUCUGGACCCUGAGGAAGGAUAUUCAUGGAGUGAUGGAUCACCUCUAGAUCUCCAACCACGGACCUUGUUCCCAUAUUUGAGAAGUGAAAAUAAACAAUGCAGCGUAAUUUAUAGGUUUGGACUUUGGCUGCCUUUUCUGUGUGAAAUCUUGCAUCCUUGGAUUUGCCAAAUAAAAAGAGGUGUGCCCUUAAAACCAGAACCAAGAAAUGAUUUAGACUUUGAAAUUAAAAUAAUUGAAGAUGGUUGGAUUGCAUAUGGAAACAAGGAGUACUAUUUCAGUAAUGCAUCGGUCCCUGCAGAAAAAGCUCGGACAUUCUGCAAGAGGCAUAGUGGUGAUCUUGUUGUCAUUGAAAGUGAAAGUGAAAGAAACUUCCUGCAUAAAUAUAGUGUCAUCCAUGUAUCGUCAAUGAAGAACCCUUACAUUGGUUUAAUUCUGGGACUUGAUAAAAAAUUUGGCUGGAUGGAUGGCUCUCCAGUGACAUAUGAAGCCUGGGCCAAUGAUGAACCCAACUUUGCAAAUGAUGAUGAAAACUGUGUGGUUAUGUAUCUCAAUACAGGCUUAUGGAAUGAUCUAAAUUGUGGUGUUGAGCAGAGCUUCAUCUGUGAAAGACAUAACAGCUCUGUCCGCCCAACUGUUGCUCCCACAAUGCCUGCCCCCCUGGCAGGUUGUGCUGAAGGCUGGCUUUGGUUUGAUAACAAGUGCUUCCAGAUCUUUGGUUUUCAUGAAGAUGAGAAGAAAAACUGGAGUGAUGCUCGCACUGAUUGCAGGAAUCGAGGAGGAAACCUGGUGACUAUAUCAAGCAAAGCAGUACAAGCGUUCCUUACCAUGCACUUAAAAAACAUUUCUGCUAAUGCCUGGAUUGGACUGAAUGAUAUCAAUUGGGAUCGUCAUUACCUUUGGACAGAUGGAACUGGUGUCUACUAUACAGACUGGGGCAAAGGGUUUCCAGACCAUCAUGGUGACUGUGUUUUUAUAAAUGCUAAGCCUGAAAGAUUGGCAGGAAAUUGGCGAAAUCAAUACUGUAAAACUAAGAAAAGCUACAUUUGCCAAAAAAACGUUGAUCCAGCACUGCCUCACCACGAAACGACCAUUCCGGCCUCCGGCUAUGUCCCUUAUGGAAACAGCAGCUAUUCGCUUGCUAGCCCCAAAAUGACUUGGGAAGAAGCACGAAGAAAGUGUCGCUCCGAGGGGGCAGAACUUGCCAGAGUUUUAACUCCCUACGUCCAAUCAUUCCUGUGGCUGCAGGUGUUAAAAUAUGGGGAGCCGGUGUGGAUCGGGCUAAACAGCAAUAUGAUGAAUGAGAGCUACAAGUGGAUAAAUAAGUGGAAACUGAAAUAUACUCAAUGGGCUCCUGAAGAGCCAAAAGAGAAAAUUGCCUGUGUCUACUUAGACCUUGAUGGUCACUGGAAAACAGGAAAUUGCAAUGAAAAGCACUUUUCUGUCUGUGAGAAGUAUUAUGGCAUAGACCCAACGGAGAUCCCAGAAGGUCCAGGAAGAUGCCCUAUGUUUAAAAAGAACCAGAUACCUUGGAUUCCUUUUCGGUCUCAUUGUUAUGCAAUCUACCCUGGCAGAGAAACCUGGUCUAAAUCAUCCAUGAAAUGUUCUCAGUUAGGUGCUACCUUGACUUCCAUACGAGAUUUAGCUGAACAGAAAUUUUUGAUGGAACACACUGAACAACUCAAUCAUAUGGACUUUUGGAUAGGAAUGUUCAAAAAUAUAGAAGGAGAAUGGAUAUGGCAAGAUAACACUGCAGUGGAUUUUGUCAACUGGAAAGAGAAUCAGAGCCUCACAAAUGACCAAGCAAAUUUCGAGGAAAAUGCGAUCACAUUUCAUAGCGACUGUGUUUUCAUGAACGGCCACACUGGGGAGUGGUUCAAGAACCACUGCAACUAUAACUCCAGGGGAUUUAUUUGUAAAACAAACAAAAAUUUUGAAGUGUCUCCAAGUAAGGCGUCCGUAAAGAAAGAUGAUCUCAGAGAUGGUGCUGCAGCAUCACCUGGCAAAACGGCAAUGGUGGUACUCCUUGUUCUCUUAAGCCUGGCCAUUGGGGGCACCAUAUUCUAUAUCUACAGGAGACGUCUCAGACAACCACAGACCGCAAGUUUUAACAACACUUUGUACCAGGACAAUGAAAUUAUUCUUCAGAGUGACUCAGAGUUGCUUGUGAACGACAAAGAGCAAUAUUAAAAAAUCAAGGUUGCAUUCCAACCCACAUAAGCCUGAAAGUAUGUCCCACAGAAUUCAGCAGGACUUACUUCUGAAUAGACAAAUCUGGGAUUGCCCUGUUCAGAAAUAAGUAGAAGGAAGUAUUUUCGGGAAAAAAAAACUGUUCCAACCAACAAUGCACAAAUUUACUUUCCAUGACAAGCCUCAUCAAGCGGAAUGUUCUAAAUCCAUGAUUAUUCAGUAGAAACCUAUUCUGUGCGGAAUCUUUCCCAAUUAAAGAACAUAGAGUUGUAAAAUUAAGCAUCAUAUUGUUAUCCUGUAGCAACAAAAGUGACCUCAAAAUAUGUUUUGCCCAGUUCAGUAAAGUAUUUAUGAAUGCAGCCCUUUUAAUAAAGUGAAAAUUGAACAGAUUAGUAUGUAACAAAUAUUUGCUCCAAAAGCCUUCACAGUUUUCAAGACUCUUGCACCAGUUUUGCAAACAUUUUGCUUUUGAAUUUGACACGACUCCUGUGCCAAAUACCUUGCAAGUGUUUAUCCAAAAUAAACUUCCUUCAUUUUUCAUAAAUUGCUAAGCUCUCCUUAGCAACAUUUAGAGAAACAUUAAAAUAUUAUCAUACGAA